AUGAGCCCAUGUUGGAAAAGGUCUAUUGCAGCGCUACGCAGCGACUGUGCUAAUAUACGCGCCGAUAACCCCUUACGUACGCGUCUGGCACUUGGUAUGGCAGCCUGCGAUAGUGAAGGUGACGGCCGGGGUGGGUCCUCGUCCUUUUACUGCAAACCGCAACAAAGCCCUCACAACUGUGUGAGGACCCUGUCUGAGCCAGCCUACGCUAUCUUCAUUCAAUAUCGCUUACACACUGAUGUUUUGUGUGCUUUUUUACAAGAAGAACUUUUCCAAGAGCGCACAGAAGCUGCGGUGGCUGCGCUGGAGUCUGCCGCUGAGCUAAGUAUUGAUUCUCUCACAACUUUGCAACAUAGUAACGUGAAACUGCUUCGCACUGCAGAAGAAACGAUGGAGUCUCAGCAAGAGUCGAAGCGCUUAACGGUUGAGCUACAGGAAUACCUCCAGAAGUUGCAAAACAAUCAGACAAAUACGAUGCAGCGGCUGCAGGUCUCAGCUCAUGAUAUUUUACACAUAUCUAAGCACACGGAAGAAUCCUUGCUGCGUCUACAAGAAUUGCUGAACUCAGUCGCUUUUAACGCGAGUUGCAAGCUUGACGAGUUAGUAGCUCAGGCCGCUGAGCAUUACACAUUCAUGGAGCAACGCACAAGUAAAAUUUUUAAUGUGCUCAAGUACAUCGAAGAGACUCACAAAAAAAUGAUGGGACGCACAAUAUCUCUGCGAAGAGCACUGCAAUACAUGUUGGUAGUUUUAAUUAUCAUAUUCUUCACAAUGUCAAGGAGAACGUCUGCGGCGCGGUUGCCUGUCUUAGGCUUUCUAGCAGCGGGGCCGCUUGCUUGUAUGUUUACUGGGGGCGGUCGCUUUGGGUGUGUGCCGUGGAUUGUCGUUGCUGUGGGAGCUGCUAUGAUGACGAUAGGCUACUUUUGGUACACCUAUGUUUCAGUGGAAUGCCUGCAGAGGCAGAUGGUGCAUGAAGAGGUGAUGCAUAUUGUCAAGAAAAGCCAGAUGGAUCUUAUGGCGUGGAUGGGGGACAAGGAAGUUUCUCCCUCUCUGUGUAGUUCAGUUUCAAGUGUAAAAACUAUUGAACGGAUGCCAUCGGUCUCCUCGUUACUCCACCAGGCUUUUCAUCCCUUGCUGCCGUGGGCUCAACUACCCAAGGAGUCUGUUCCAUCACCGAUUAACACCGUUUCUUUUCCAAGCACAGCCAUAUUAGACCAUCGUAUCGACGACAAAAAUUGUAAUCGAAGUCAAGAAGCUCAUCCUGAGAAGACAAUGCUUGAGGUAGAUAUUGAACCAAGCCGACCGUUAUCACUUGAAGUAGCCAUACCAAAGAACCCACCGAGGCUUCCCGUAAUGAAGAGGCCUCGUACCAAAAGCACAGCCUUCUCUUCUGAUAAACCCAUUGCCAUGGGAAAAAACACGCGGUCUACUCGCCAGCGUCGCAGGCGAAUUGAUAAAUGA